AUGCAGCCGUAUAGACACGCCGGAUUCCCUGGAAGCCCGGCUCGCGAGGCGGCUGCAUGGAAGGGCCCCAACCAAGGGACGAAGUUCAAUCGUUUCAGAGACAUGCCGCCUCCUUCACCUGCGCCGGAACCUCCUUUCCUCUCACCCGCCGGUAUGUACGCUGACGCAGCCCCCCCGGCGCACUGGAGCCCCAUGUCUUGCCGCGGGCUACCCCCCGCCCCUCCAGGACCCCCGGGCCCCCCUCACCGGGGGCCCCACGCAGGCUGGGGGCCUCCAUCUGACGGCGCCAAUGCGCCUUCAGGCCCACCCACGUCGUUCAUGCAGCCGGAGGUUCACCCCGAGUCGCCGGGAGACUGGAGGGACGGGGCAGCACCGAGGGGCCCCCGGGGGCCCCCUUUUCAGUGCGGCCCCCCUUGUCCCCCCCAGCGGUCUUGGGAUGGUCCCCAGGACCAUUCAGGGGCAAGAAGAAACCACCGCACGUCGGGAUCCCGAGCAGUGGGCCCCCAAAAGGGCAGAGGAGCCCCGCCGGCGCGCCCGGCUGGGCCCCCUCCUCCCCUGGCCAGAGGGGGCAGCCCGUGGCAGCCUAUGAAGGAUAACCCACUGUCUGGUGAGUCUCCAGGCCCCUCACAAUCAAGCGGAGAUAUGCUUUGGCCCCCGCCUCCUCUGGCAUACGACAGCGCGCAGCAGAAAAGGGGUGCAGCACCAGCAGGCAAGGACGCUGGGGGGCUCGGGGCCCCCGACCCGGUUGGAGGCCGCCGGUCCUCCUUUGGGAUCCCUCCGCCUGCACUUCCAGCUGCAGAACCGCAUUUCGGUCGGCUUGUCCACGACGGAGGCCCCAGGGAGACACGCCAAGGUGGCAGCUCUUCAGGGGUCCCCCCAGGGCCGCGGGCGCGGCGGCUGCGCGGGGGGGGCUUCGUGCAGGAGUGCGAGGACAGCAGCAGCAGCAACAACAACAGCAGGAACAACAGCGGUGGCUGCAACGUGCCUUUAGCUCCCCCGCCUCCACCUCCGGGCACAGAGUUAGAGAAGGGGGACGAAUUCAGCGGCCCCAACGCACAUUUCCUUGGGGCCCAUGACAACGGGGUCCCUAGAGGGCCCCCAGGGGCCCUCCCCAGCAUGGGCCGGACCCUCUGGGGCAUCAGAGGAUCCGCAGAAGCAGCAGCUGCUGAAGCCGCAGCAGCAGCAGUAAGCCGAUGCAUCGCAAGCGGCCAGAUACCCCAGAAGCUGCUCUCUUUCCCUUCCCCCCCUCCUCCUUCAGAGCAGGGCCCCAGCUGUGUUAUGGGACCCUUGGAGGGCCCCCCGCUGCUGCUGCAGAGGCCCCCCUUUGGGCCUCCUGAGGGCUCUUCAGGGCCUGCCACCGAUGCCAGGGACUCCGGGCCGCUGUCUGGACCCCGAGGGGGGGCCCAAGGGGGCCCCCCAGGCCGUCUCCUCCAUUCGGCAGAUCUGAGUGGGGGUAUCGCUGCAGCAGAGUUGGGAUCUUCAGACAGUCGGGGGCCCCCAGGGCCCCCAGCUGGGCCCUUGGGGCCCCCCGGGAAUUUGAAUGGCCUCCCAUUAGCAGAUUCCGUCUUCAACGCGUCUCGACACACUAGUGACGUUCGCUUCACUCCGUUGAAUAUGCAGCAGCAGCAGCAGCAGCAGCGGCAAUCGCUGCAGCAGCAGGUGCAGCCGCAGCGUCAGCCGCCUCCGCCGCAGCAGCCGCAGCAGUUCCCGUCCCCUGCAGCAGAUGGGGAAGGCCCUCUCAACUCAGUCCUCUCGAACGAAGCAGCGAUGCAGUUGUUGCUAUUAGUUGCGCCUAAGCUGCAGCAGCAGCAACAGCAGCAAAGCCUACCACCCGGUGUGAAUAUUCCCGCAGUUGGCAGUAUCAUUCCUGCAGCUUCCCCGCAGCAGCAGCAGCAGCAGCGCGCUGUUUCUGAGGCGCUGCUUCAAGGUCUUGCAAUGGGAGCGCAACUGCAACUGCAGCAGCAGCAGGCUCCAGGGGCGGGACCGCAAAAUCCUGUGGCUACGCUGGGAGGCCCGCAGCAGCAGUUGGCGUUGCUGGAGUCCUUGCGUUCUGCAGCAACAGCAGCUGUUGCUGCAAUCCGCAGCAAUCCUGAGGCUGUCAGUGUAUCGCAGCCGACAGGGACGACGCUGCUGCAGCUGCAGCAGCUGCUGCAACAGCAACAAGCUCCUGCGGCGUUACAAGCCCUUUUAUCGCUGCAGCAGGCGAUUCAAACUGCGGCUCCUGUAGCGCUGCAGCAGCAGCCACCGCCACCGCCGCCACAGGAUCAGCAGCAGCAGCAGCAAACGCUGCAGAGACCGGCGGUCCAACAGCAGCAGCAGCAGGUACCACGGGCGCAACCUUUCCUACAGAACCAGCUGCAACAAAGUCCUGCUACCCUUCAGCAGCAGCAUAUAGUAGGCGCGUUACAGGGGCAGCAGGUGCAGCAGCAGCAACAUCCUAGUGCGCCUGCUGCCGGCGAUGCACGCGUUGCUUAUGGGGGGGGAGUUCCGCCGGAGCCUCAGCAGCAACCGCCUCAGCAGCAACUGCAGCAGCAGCAACAGCAACAGCAGCAACAGCCAGAGCAGCAUCAGCAGCCGCAGGCUCAUGGGAGAAUUAAAACCUCAGUGAGGAUUCUUGUCAUUCGCUGUUCAGUUGUGCCAGCAUGA